AUGAUUUCUGACGACCAUUACGAACUGUGUCGUCCAAUACUGGACGACAACACCAUAGAAGAUGAAGAUAAGACCGACCUGCUGGAAGACUUGCUCAGCAAGCAGGCAGGACUGAGAGGGAGCGCCCUGGAGAAUGCGGUAAUGAAUGCCCUAUGGAAACACCGCAAUACACAGCGUGGAGAGACAUCAGACACUCCCUUACGGCAUCAAGUCAUUCGAAAGUCGUCUCCAGCGCCCUGGCAAGCCAACCGGGCUCCCACCCCGCUAGGGUCACCACCGCCUCUCUCUUCCAGCCCGGCUCUUUCAGCGGGGUUCCCAGCUGCACGACCGAGCUUUUCUCGACAACGGUCGAGUGCGCACUCUCCAUUUGUCUCUCCAAGACCAUCUCCCAGGCUUGCUCUCGCCCAACCGAUACCUCAUAGCCCUAGCCUGAAUGCAUAUGAGUUCUCGGAUGCCAGUCCUGCUCCGGAUAUCUACGGUGACUAUGGUCACGAGAACGUGGACUGGCUCCUGGGUGACGAGACAGCUAGCAAUGCCUCCUCUACCGGCAACUUGAGUGGUGCCGCGCCUGAAUGGGCACCUCAGCCUGAUAUGAGUCCGUAUGACAUUCUACGAUCUGUGCUCGGGGAUCGAAAGACGGACGAAGAGAUCGAAGAAGCACUCAACAAGAACUCUUAUGACCUGGGCACUACCAUAGCUACCCUGCUCGGUACAGAUACUGCUGACGCCCAAUACACUGCUAUUCCGAAUAGCGAGGCCAAUGUCCUGGUGGGAAAGUCGAUGGCGGUGAACUCGGCCCGCCCAUCCACACCUGGAGCAGCCAAAAGUCCGAUCGUCUGCAAAUACUGGUUGGCGUCUGGCUCAUGUCUCCGUGCGGAUUGUCGUUUUGCCCACGACACUAGUGGUUACUUGUGCAAGUACUGGAUGAACGGAAAUUGUCUAGCAGGUGACGCUUGCCAGUUUUCCCAUGACCCCUCGCUUCUUAUCGGUCAGCUGAGCGUGGGCGACACCACCUCCUCACAAUCCUUCCAGCUUCAAGACCAGUACGAUCAGUUUCCCAGCCUGUCAGGUCAGAACGCGCGAAGCACACUUCAAGCGGGUCUUCUCGCAGGUAACACAUUCGUGCCCAGCAGCCAAAGAAAUCGUGGUGGGUUAGCAAAUGUCGCCCCAAGCUCACGACCACAGUCAAGGCCUAGUUCUCGCCACCAGAAUCGUUCCGAGACUCCAUCUUCUCUGGCAACGGAUGAUCCGGAUGCUUUUCCGACUCUCGGAUCAUUGAGCGCAAGAAGAGUGUCAAAGCACCACGGACAACGAUCUAGACAUGGACAUAGUUUGGAGAGAGAGACAUCAUCCUCGCUGGCUGAUGUCGUCCGCAUGUCACCAUCUCCAGCACCUGGUCAGCAACGCAAGAAUGAAACGCCGCGCAAGAUUCGAACUUAUGGGGGGUCCGAGAGUACAGCCGCCAAAAGAAUACCUGAGCCUCAACACAUUCCGUGGUUGGAGACAGGUUCACGUGCUAAUCAGCAGUACUUAAAAUACAGACAAGAAGCCAUUAAGCAUGGUAGUGUCCGCAACAAGUUUUUGCAGAGUGCUGCACAAGCAUGGAAUCGAAACGAUGCACGGGCAGCAAAAGCAUUGUCACUUCGAGGACAGGCUGAAAACGAUGCCAUGAGAAAGGCCCACCGAGAAGCGGCCAAGGCAUUGUACGAUGAACGAAAUUCACAUCUCGUGUCGCUAGAUGAAGACGAAGAGUUGUACAUCGACCUGCAUGGACUUCAUCCCGAGGAAGCCAUCGAGUAUCUCGAGAACAUCCUUCUCGCCCAAUUUCAACGAGGUCGGCGCAUUGUUUACGCGAUCACAGGCACUGGUCAUCAUAGCAAGAAUGGCAAGGACAAGGUCGGCAAGGGCGUACGCAACUGGCUCAAUGAAUGGGGCUAUACCUUUCGUGAGUUUAGCGUGCCAGGUGAGCGAGGUGGAUACAUUGGGGGAGUGUUGGGAAUAGAUAUCACCAGUCAUAGACGGCAACCUGUCUCUACGGAGAGCUCAAAAGAAGAAGAGGAGACCUCCCCAACACCAGUUAUGGCGACACUCGGCGGCAAGAUACAGGUUCUCAAACGUGAGGAAGUGCCAGCAUGA